UCGCAAUCGGCGGCGGCGCGGCGGCGACGGACCGAUGAGCGAACCUGACGAAGAGAAUGGACGAGCAGAGUUGGAUGACCAGAGCAUGGACGAAGUAUAUGACAUGGUCGAUGACUUAGAAGACAGCGUGGACACUGUUGCGUCUCCCUCCAAAGCAUCUAUGGGCAAUGGUCAAAAAGACAACGAUGACGAAGCAGACGUCGUGCCAUAUCGAAGAAAGGACGCGCCUGUAAGCGUUCUCAACGCCACAAUAUCAAGGCGGGGGGGCAGCUACGGUAGCGACAGCGAUAAUGACGACGAUGAACCACCGGAGAUCCCAGGGAGCCCUAUCAAGGCAUCUUUGAACACAACACAUAAUUCUUUUGCGGCUUCAAACGACGCAAUGAACGCGGCCAAGAUGGACGACGACAUGCUUGACGCAUCCUCAUCAUCCGAAGAUGAAUAUGAGACUAACAAGAAGAGUCGAAAGGAUCACCUGAAGGACCAAUUACGUUCCAGCCCCACUCUGACCAAAGCAAAUUCCCCGCCAACAAUUCCCUCUGCUCCAGUAACAACACAACUUGCACGAACGAACGACGACACGGCAUUGCGUGCACAGCCCAAGGAGACAAGCAAGCCAGAACCCGCAUUAAAGGCCACGACCGUCGCAAUCGACAGCACUGAUACCAUGUACAAGGAGGUGGCCGACCUAUACAAGUCUCCAUCUUCCGCAGGCUUGGUCACUACAACCCCCAAAGCAGUUUUUUCAAACGAUUCUAAAGCCCCCGCCGCCUCUGACACAGGACAAACCUCCAUGCGGUCUCCGCAGCCCACAAUAUUCCCUGAAGCACAUACUGCAACUGCGCCAGUAUCGUCGUCUUUGCCAAGCAUGAGCUUACCACCCGACAUCCUACAUCUCCUCAAGUACAUCGAAGACUUCCGCCCCGAAACAAUCGACAUUCCUACAAUUGUCCAGCCAUUCAUCCCAGAGUACAUUCCAGCCAUCGGCGCCCCCUUUGAAGGCAUUCACGUACUGCGGCCAGACGGGCAAGAGGACCCGAUCGGCGUCGUCGUGCUGGCUGAACCGGGAGCCACCCAGUCAAAUGUUGCAGAGCUCCAAUUGAUGCUAAAGUCCGACUACAAACCAGCCCACGCGAAAUGGGAGCUUCCAGUCCUGACCAUCGAGAACGCGCACGAGCGACCGCACGCCAUCGAUGAAUGGAUCGCGAGCGUCGCGAAAAUACAGCAGGCCCAGCCAUUGUGCCAGGUGCAUUACACAAAAUCGUUUCCAUCCUUGGACGUGUUGCUGGAUUUGUGGCCAGCAGAAUUUGAAGCGGCUCUAGCGCAGAUGCCGCUGCCACCGGCCGCCCUCAACGUCUCGCUGGCCGAGUACACUCGACUAGUGUGUGGGCUGUUGGAUAUUCCGGUCUACGAUGGCCACGUUCGCGAUAGCCUGCACGUUCUCUUCACGCUGUAUCAAGCAUUCCAAGGAAACGCACACUUUGCCCAGUUUGACUAGAGCUCGGCAAUCCAAUUUUGACUCUUGUACUUGGACCACCAGUCGUUCGAUGUGCGGUCAGGAAGGUCUUGUCGCUGACAGAAACCUAUCGGCGCCGGUCCAAACGACUAUUGAAGACUGUACAUGUUUGGGCCAUAGCAGCCAUCGGAUCAUCCCGUUUGGCCUGUUCUGUGUGGCCUGUUCGAUCUGGUCUGGUCGACCGUCAAGGCGGACGUGAUCCGCGGCUUGUGGUAUUGCUGUCGACGAUGGUGAAGCCACGUGUGCAUGCAAUCGAUUUCAU